AUGGUAACCUCAGAGGCUAACUGCCAUGAAGACGAUUGUGAGUGUAAAAGUUUGGAUAACUUUCCAACGUUCAGCCCCGAACAAGUUAGAAAACAUGACAAAGCGUGGGAUUGUUGGAUGAUUGUGCAUGGGCGAGUCUACGAUAUAGGGCCGAUUCUUUCUUCACAUCCCGGUGGCUCACAGAUACUGUUGAAAUAUGCGGGCAUGGAUGCAACGUAUCAAUUUGAUGAUGUCGGACAUUCCAUGGAAAGUUUGCUCUACGAUAUGCCACAAGGAUCUUUCAAAGGGUACGUCGUGGGAACAAUAAAGAAGGGAAGGAACCCGACUCGAGAUUCUAAAUAUGCCGUUACAAAGGCAGAGAAAGGCGAUGAUGCCGAAUCUCUAAGCGGCGCGGGUGAUUACAUCACUCAAACCGACAGCAUUAUAAUGGGGCGUGGUCAAUCACUGGAUGGUUAUUUAUUGUGGAACAAAGUGUAUUCACUGUUUCUCAUCCUCACUAUACUAUUUUGUCUUUUUGCGCUGAUGUACAUGAAAGUCUACCAACACAUGACAUCUACAAAUAAUUCGACAACAUCGAAGAGAGAUAACACAUUUGCAUCAUUCACAUCAUAUCAGGAACAGGUUUCAGAUACAGAUGGAAUACCAGAUUGGGCUUAUUAA